AGCGGAAGAGGCAGAGCCUAGAGCGGAAAAAGCUCAGAGAACCGUUGGAGCCGCCUAGGUUGCGUGUGCAGGCGGCUACCCUCUCCUCUUGGAAUCUGCAGGGCUCAGGCAGGCUGAGGUCUCGUAAAGCCAUGAGUUACUACAGUCGCCCUCUUCCCAGUGUGGAGGGCAUGACCUCUCUCAAGGUGGACAACCUGACCAACAGCACCUCGCCCAAUACCCUGAGGCGCAUCUUCGAGAAGUACGGCUGCAUCGGCGACGUGUACAUUCCGCGGGACCGCUUCACUAAAGAGCCCCGUGGCUACGCUUUUGUCCGCUUCUACGACAGGCGCGACGCCGAGGAUGCCAUAGACGCCUUAGACGGGGUCGUGCUGGAUGGCCGUAAACUUUGGGUGCAGAUGGCCCGCUACGGUCGCCCCGCAGAUCCCCCCUGUGGCCGCAGGAGAACGCCAUCCAGCGGGUAUGAAGACGACUACUAUGAAAAGAAGGGCCGCUACCCAUGGCGUCCUCGUCCUCGUCCUCGUCCCAGCCGUUCCUGUAGCAGAAGCCGGAACCGAUCCAGGAGCAGACUGUCCUGGUCUCGCCCUCGGUCCUGGUCUCGCCCUCGCAGUAGAUCUCGAUCAACCUCUAGAUCCCGAUCUGUCCGAAGAUCCCGUUCCAGGUCCUCCUCAGUGUCAAGAUCUCGUUCGCUGACCAGGUCCAGGUCAAGAUUUCGGUCCAGAAGCCUUCCAGCAGCAUACAGGAAGGAAUACAGAUCCGGAUCGUGAUCCAGGAGUCUCUGCAAGUUGCCAGAAGAGGAAGGAGAGUUGUUUUAUUAGGGUAAUGAUUCAUAGGCCAGCCAAGUAACUGAGGACUUGGAGGGGUGGGAGAAGACAAGAUCAUUUACUCAGGUCAUGCCAAGUGUCCUUGGAACAAGCCACUAGUUAUUAAAGGUUGUGUUUUAACAUGUUGUCUAACUUUUUACUUGCUUUUAAGUUUUGUCUCGGGGGUAAACAUUUUAUGUGGUAUUUGUUGCUGUUAGUCAAAUUUCUUGUAAGCUAGUGAGGUGAAUGACUUCAGUUUUCAUUAUUGGUUUGGAUAUUUAAGGUAAAUUUGCAUUUUUUUAUAUAAUACUGACUUUUUUGAUUGAAAGUAAUAUUGGUAACCUAAUAUGUGGCCUUCUGACUUUUAAGAAAAUGUGUGCAACCAUUUCUUGUUGAGUAGCACAAAAGUGUUAAGAGAUUGACUAAAUAUCGUUUUCAUUCUUUAAAAUUAGAAUCCUAUAAUAGUUGAUAUAAACUUAUUUGUGUAUGCUAUUUCAGAUCUAAAUGGUAAUCUGAACCCAUAUUUGUAUAAACACACUUCAAGGGAGAAUACUUGACUUUUUGAAAGGCGUAUUUACCAAACAUAAUUCUAGUCUUUUCUGUG